AGCAUCUGCCUUCAGCUCACGUCAUGAUCCCAGGGUCCUGGGACCCAGUCCCACAUUGGGCUCCCAGCUUAGCAGUGAGUCUGUUUCUCCCUCUGCCCCUCCGCCUGCUUGUGCACUCUCUCUCUCCCUCUCUCUCGAAUAAAUAAAUAAAAUCUUUUAAAAUAUAUCUACAAAUAAAAGGCUAUUUGCAUUUCACUGUCUGCAUGCUCCAUGGCUGGCCAGCUGCACUGGGGAAGCUGGGCCUACCUACUGAUCUCGCCUCGGUCCUAUCAAGAUCCCUUCUCAACGGCCAUGGAAAAUUCUGUACAGGCACCCAAGGUGGUUCCUUGAUGCUAGAGAAGUGGGAUUUGUGAGAAUAGCCCAGGCUCAUGGAAACAUGUGGCUUGGGAAAAUGAAAGAUGUAAGGGCAGAGGUCAGGAAACCGCUUCCUGGGUGGCCACCUGGUUAUGCAUGGUGUGGAGGAGCAGCUGUGUUGCACUAGUACUGAAGGUAAAAACUACCAAUGGAAUUUACAAAUGGAUCCAACUCCUGGAGACUUGGUUUUGUAGAUGCAUUAAAAAAAAGAGAGGAGAGUAAGAAAAAAAGCAAUAUAUGCAAUCCCUUGAUUAUUGUUGUGUAAUAGCUAAAUGUAAUUUAAAAAGAGGGCUGGCAGAGAGAAAGCAAGGAAGGUGAGGUCUCAUCCUUUCAGGGCAUUUCCCAAGCUACACUUGGAUGUGGAGGCAGUAGAGAUCAUAGCCAAGGAAUAUGAAGGCAACAGGAAAUCCCACUGCUGAGUCCUUGGGGGAGGAGAUCUCCAGGGACAGGGCUGAUCUGUAGCCUCAGUCUGGGCUCUUUAGGUCCCCUUCACCACAGAAGCAGAGAUCACCACUCUUUCCCAGCAGAGGUCAGGUACCGACAGGUGACAUCAUCCACUGAAUCCCAUGUUCCUCUUCCAGAGGCUGAAUCCUCACUUCUCACUUUAGAGGCUAACUCCCAACCUGUGGCACCUGGCAGUGCCCCUGCAUGUGGGCGGAUAAUCUUGGGGACCUGUUGAAGCCAGCAUCCAUCUUCUUAGUUCAGAUGAAAGAAGGAACACUGUACGUCAUAUUGUCCCCAUGCACAGCUGGACUGACCAUGGAACAUGCAGACACAGGCCCAAGAGAUAGGAAUACUCCCUUAUCAUUCAAAGGAACAUGAAGGAAUGCAACCCUGUUAGCUUAUGCAUGUAUAAGUGGUUAAUUUAGGCACAUACAAGCAGCUGACCAGCACUAUCCUAAACACAUAAUCACCAGAUGUACCUAAUGAAACCUGUAACAUAAGAAAUUAAUAUAUUUUUCAGAUUUUAAGUCUUGUGAGAUAGAACAGACUUCCGUGGGACCAGAUGAAAGGGCACCAGAAGUAUGUAACAUCUGUUAACAUGACUUCAUGGGCUCCCAAUCUAUAGCAUCCACCUUCUCUGGAGACCCCUACUCCCAUCAGGGAGUUCAGGACUUUGAGCAUUAGCUCCCUGUUCUCCUGGGUGGUGCCACACCAAUAAAUAGCUGAUUUUUUUUUCACCUUGGAAGCUGGGUGUCAGUCUUACUGGCUUGCUAUGCAUCUGGCAGAUGAACUGUCCUUUGAUUCAGCUACACUCUCUUAUGGACAGGAUACAGCCAGUAUGAUGUGGCCCUUGCUUCUGCCUUCUGGACUCUAAGGAGGGCAGCAAGACCAAACAGCACCCCAACCAUAGGGAUCUGGAACCUAAGGCUUGUGUCUGUGUCACCAGCCUCCUGGCCUUAAUAUCUUUAAUAAUCUGGCCCAAUUCUCAGUACAGGAGACCCCUGAGAGUGGCCAGGUGGACAAGGGACUAACCCAGAAGUCUCCACAGUUUUCUGUGGGCUUGGAGGAAGGACCUUGGGGGCACAUAGGAGAGAUUUGUAGGCUGGGCCAGCUGGCCAGCCACGGAGCAGGAGGACAAUGAAAUGCACAGCAGUCUUUAAAAAGAGUUGGGUUUAGGUCUAAUAUGUGUGGAUAUAAGGAGGUGUGGAUAUAAAAUGAGGAAGUGGCUUUAGAAUGUCCAAGAUAUAUAGUUAAGUGAGAAAAGCAUAGUGCAGCUCUGUAUACAAAGCAUGUCUUCACUUUUAACCACAACAAACAACUUUUAUAGAAACAAAUCUGAAUUCAGGACCCAGACAGAAUGACACACACAUGUGCAGACUCAAUUCUAAAAGGAUAACACUAUACAGUAAGCCUCAGCUUCUCUGUAUAUUUUUAUAAUUCUGUCUACUCUGUCACAUUGUUUCUUUUCUCCACUGAUACUGCACAAUGUUUUCAAGAAUGAAGAAAAAGAUCAUUUUGGAGAAAACCAUCAGAGUGAACAUUCUGGUCAUGCGUUCAACCUAAAUAUUCCUGUUCUCAGACAUCACUGCCAAAUCUUCUCUGAGGUCUUAACUUUCUCCCCAUCCACUGAUGUUUCAUCAAAGCUGUCUGCCACCACCUUUGAAUCACUACAUAGCCACUAGUAAUAGCUUUCUGUAAUUUGCAUUUUGCAUCUAUAGUUCUGAGGUAAUAACAAUUCCCCAUGCAGAACAGUCCCUGCAAGAGAAAUGGUAAUCACUUCCAAACAAUGAGAUAUCAUGGUUUUAAGUACCCCAAUUCCUUUGAAAAGGAGAGUGGCCUUUGCAUACAUGCUCCAUCUUUGAAACACUGCCCCCAUUGUCCCCUUCGAAAACAACAUUUAAUACAUUGUUCUUUUAUUGAUGGAUGUUAGAUUCCUAAAAGGAACUGGGUUCAUGCCAGGAUAUGAAGUAAGAUACUAAAUGGCUAAAAGUAUUGUUCAAUGAAUUGGACACAAAAAUUAAUGAUCAGAUUAGAGAGAUGUUUUCUAUGGGUGCAUUUUUUUUUUUUUUAAACGCUUGCUUUAGGGUGGCUUCACAUUCAUCCUGUAUCUUCUGUGACACGGCCCUAUAUGAAGUAUAUUUACCUUGUCCCUGACCUAACAUACACAGACUGACAAAACUGUCUCUAAUGCUUCUGGGUGUAUUUGACUUGUAGGAUGAUAACGUUUACUAGGUUCUGCUUCCAGGGACACAUUUUGUAUCUAAAUGACUGUAUAGAAUGAUAUGUGCAUUUGGAUCUGUAGCCUUUGGGAGCAUAUGAAAUGGUUUUAGCUUUGGGACCACGCUGAGCAUCAAGGAGUCUGAAAUAAUGUCUACAAACACUUGGGUGAUCAGUUGCAGACACCACUUCCCAGAAAUCUGGGUACGGAUCCUUUAAGAAGGAGCGAAGCCCCUCCGGCCUGGGACGGAAGACCCUAAUUUCCAGAGCCCUUAAGGGGGCGUGGCCUUUCCUCCCAGAGGUCGAUGGGACUGCCUUAUCCGCGUCCUGUGCGUCUGUGAACUACAUUACCCAGAAGGGCGCGCGUCGACGGACUGCAUCUCUGACCAAUGAAAAGAGUCGUUUCUGCGUGCGCCCCUAACGUCGGGGCGGAGCUUCCGGCCUCAUCCCCCUGGCGGUCUUUUUGCCUCUUUCACGCUUGUUCGUCCGCUAAUGUUCUGGAGCGCAGGUUCAGGAUUGGGGUGACUAACCGAGAAGGCGCGAGGGAAGGCACUGUCCCCGCCGCACACACUUGGGUCCGCGGCUGGCGACGCCGCCCGGCUGCCCUGCGCCGGGGGCCGGGACGGGGACCACCGGCCCGGGUGUGCGGUCCGCCCGCCGUGUCCGAUGGCGGCGGCCGCGCCCCGGGACCCGACUCAGGGCACUGUGACCUUUGAGGACAUUGCUGUGUCCUUCUCCUGGGAGGAGUGGGAUCUUCUUGAUGAGGCACAGAGACGCCUGUACCAGGAUGUGAUGCUGGAGAACUGGGCGCUUAUAACCUCCCUGGGUUGUUGGCAUGGAGCAGAGGAUGAGGAGGCACCGUCUGAGCAGAGCGUUUCUGUAGUGUCACAUGUCAGGACUCCCAAGACAGGUCUUUUUCCCCAGAAGGCCAACCCCUAUGAGGUGUGUGGUCCAGUCUUGAAAGACAGUUUUCACUCGGCUGAGCACCAGGAAACACAAUUCAGUGAGAAAGUGUACACUGGUGGGACACAUGGGAAAAGAUUCUGUUUCAGCGAAAACCUUCAGCAGCAGCAGAAGCAGCAUGUGAGCGAUAAGCCCUUCGGUAACAAUGUAAGCAGAGCUUCAGUGGUCAAGAGCUGCGGAUUGCAAGUGUCAGGGAAGCCCUUUAUCUGUGGGGAGGUUGGGAAGGAUUUCUUGGCCAGCUCAGGAUUCCUCCAGCAACAGGCCACACAGACUGGAGAGAAGUCAAACAAUGCAACUGAAUGUGGGGCAGCCUUCCACAAGGGAAAAACUCAGCACCGCUGGGGAGACAACACAGAAGCUUUCAGCCACAAGCACACAUUUGUUCAUCACCAGAGAGUCCGCCCUGGAGAAAGAUGUUACAUGUGCAGUGAAUGUGGGAAAUCUUUUAGCCAUAACUCUAGCCUUAUUAAACACCAGAGAGUUCACACAGGAGAAAGGCCUUAUGAGUGUGGGGAGUGUGGAAAAUCCUUUAGCCAGAGCUCCAACCUCUUUCAACAUCGGAGAGUUCACACUGGAGAAAGGCCUUACGAGUGCAGUGAAUGUGGGAAAUCUUUUAGCCAAAGCUACAGCCUCAAUAACCAUCGGAAAGUUCACACUGGAGAAAGGCCAUUUGAGUGUGGAGAAUGUGGCAAAUCCUUCAGUCAAAGAUCCAACCUCAUUCAACAUCGGAGAAUUCACACUGGAGAAAAGCCUUAUGAGUGCAGUGAGUGUGGGAAGUCCUUUAAUCAAAGCUCUGCGCUCCUGCAACACCAUACCGUUCACACCGGAGAACGGCCCUAUGAGUGCAGUGAAUGUGGGAAAUCCUUUACCUACAAUUCCAGUCUUUUAAAACACCAGAAAGUCCACACAGGGUCAAAGCCUUAUGAGUGCAGUGAAUGUAGGAAAUCUUUUAGCCAGAAUUGCAGCCUCGUUCUACAUCUGAGAGUUCACACUGGAGAAAGGCCUUAUGAGUGCAGCAAAUGUGGAAAAUCUUUUAGCCAAAGCUCUGCGCUCCUUAAACACCAGAGAGUUCACACUGGAGAAAGGCCAUAUGAGUGCAGUGAGUGUGGGAAGUCCUUUAGGCGAAGCUCCAACUUCAGUGACCAUCGGAGAGUUCACACUGGAGAAAGGCCGUAUAAGUGUAACCAGUGUGGGAAAUCCUUUAGUAAAAGCUCUGGCCUCACUCGACACCAGAGAGUUCAUACUGGAUUGGGCAUUAUAAAUAUCUUGAAUGAGAAAGCCAUUAGCCGAAGCCCUUACCUCAUUGAUUACCACAAAAUUCACAUGGGAGAAACAACUUAGAUAUGUAGCAAAUGUAUUUCCUUGUUCAGUAUAACAACACUCGAGGAGAUCUCUUUUGAGGGUGCCAUAUGCCUGAAUUGCGCCUCAUACAUCCAGACAUCAAAAUAAAUUCCAGGUAUGUGGAGCUGUGUUGCAUGUUUCAGGUUGGGCCCGUGUGAAUUUUUAUUACUGUUGAUUCUGUAGCAGCAGCCAUUCACCUCUCCCACCUGCAGGUGCCCAUAUGUAUAUCAUUUAUCUGCUCUGAUGUGUUCAGCGAAGUAAACCUUGGUGUUUUCCCAUUCACUGGGUGAAUGUGAGAAGCCAGAGUACUCAUUUUUUUCUCUCUGAUUAGUAGGGCAUGGAUGACCCCAUUGUGUUCCAGAGGGCUCCAUCUGAGUUCUGCCUGUGACCUGAAAAGUCAUCUUUUUUAGGGAUAUUGGUCUGGUAAUUCUUGUGAUGGAAUUUCCCAGCCUCCGAGUCACUAACCGAGGAACAGCCUUCCUCUAUUAUUCUGGUUUGUGCUGUAACAAAGGCCUUAUUGUGUAAGUCAUCUUUAUCUUGAGGCUUAGAUUCACUUUAUGGGGUGGUUUCAGAAUGACAGGAGAAACAGCUGCCGUGGGCACCCCAAUCUUUGUGUGCUUCAGGGGGAUAGAAGGAUGGUAGUCCUCUCUCUAGUUUGGGCCUUGUUUGCAUUGUUGCCUAAGGCCUCUAAGGAAAUUAUAUAGGGUUUUGUGGUUAAAUUGUAGCCUGGAUGCCAGGACGUUUCGUGCUGUCAGCGCUCACCUUGAAGAGGGGGCAGUUGUGACAACCUCCGGUACUUCUGGGAACAACAUAAAGUUGUUCUCUUCUUUGCAGGGGAUGUUGCAUUGUGCUCAGCACCGGUGCAGGAAAUCUGUUCCCAGAUCUUGCAAAGGAGAGAGGUACCCUAAUGCCCAGAAUUCGGUGUGGUAGUGUCACUGGCUGAAAGAUUAUAGGGGGAGUCAUAAUUGUACACAGACGGUGGAUUAACAGAGAGGGCAAGAGACUGCAACAAACUGGUUGGAAUGUGCCUCUUUUAAAAGGGCACCUGCCAUUGUUCUAGUCGGUAUGGCUGUGAAGGAUGAGCAAGUACAGAAAUUCUCAGAUCUUUCUGAACUGUGAAUCUUGUGUAGCUGAGGGCCUCGUCAGAAAAUCUAAUGGGGGGCGCCUGGGUGGCUCAGUUGGUUAAGCGUCCGACUCUUGGUUUUGACUCAGGUCAUGAUCUCAGGGUUGUGAGAUCAAGCCCUGCAUACAGAUCUAGCCUCAGUGCAGAACCUGCUUGGGAUCCUCUCUCCUCCCUUGCACACACUCCCCCACCAGCACCACGUUCACACUCUCUCACGUGUGCUCUCUCUAUAAGAAAAGGAAUCUAACAGUUUUGUGGAUUCCUGUAGUUUCUCUGCAUUGUUCACCAUAAGGCCUUUGUUGAAGGAAAACAAAGAAAGAAGGAAGAUCUCAGUCCAGAAAUGCAGGCUUUAGGCAGCCUGCAUUCCUGAUGACUCAGGUGGAAAUGGCUUUCAUUGCUCACCUGUAUUUGCUGCCACUGAGGCAAGGUGCUGAUCCCAGGGCAUUACAAGGGAUAUGGUGGGAUCAAUACAGGUUUGCCAAACUUUGUUUUUUGAAAACAGAAUUUUUUUUAUUAUACUGUUAAUGCCUUUUUGGUAUGGUUAAUAAAUAAUAAAUUGUCCAUAUUUAAACUGUACCAUUUGAUGAGUGUUGACAUUCAUAUAAACCCAUGAAGCCAUCAUCAUAAAUCGUAACAGUGUGCAUAUGCAUCACCCCACAUUCACUCAUGUCCUUUAAUUAUUAUCUCCUUCUCUCUGCCCUCCAGGCAAACAUUGAUUUACUUUCUUCUACAAUAGAUUCAUAUGUAUUUAAUGUAAUUUUACAUGAUUGAAAAUAAAAUGUUUAGUUUUUUUCCCCUCUGGGUGUUCUCGUCUGGUAUAUUUAUUUUGAGAUUUGUCAGUGGGUCUGUGUAAUUAGUUCAUUCUUUUAAUGUGUCAAGAAAUGUAAUGUUCUGUCCACUAUUUGUUUAUUUACUCAUCUGUUUCAGAUAUUUGAGUUGUUUCUAGUUUGGGGCUUUAUCAAACAGUUGUUAGAGACAUUUGUUUGAUUCUUAAAUUUAUGAUUCUUUGUAUGGAUAUGUUUCAUUCCUGUUGAUACCUCAGAGCGCCUCAGAGCUGUAGUUACAGGGCUGUGAUUUGGGGACUGUUAAAUGAGGUCAUCCUCAGGAGAACUCCUCCCUGUUAGCUCCCUAUGAAAAGAUGUGUUAGUUAUGGGCUGAACUGUAUGUUCCCAAAUUCAUAUGUUGAAGUCAUAAUCUCCAGUACCUCAGAAUGUCACUGCAUUUGGAAAUAGGGUUUUUGAAAAGGUAAAAUAAAGGUGAUACUGUGGACACUAAUCCAGUGUGACUAGUGUCAUUAAGAGGAAAUUAGUACACAGACACACAGAGGGAAGAUCAUGUGAAGAGAGAGGAAGAAAAUGCCCACCUACAAGCCAAGGAGAGAGGUCUCAGGAGAAAUCAGUGCUUCUGAGACCCUGAUAUCAGAUACCUAGCAUAUGAGAAAAUACAUUUCUGUUGCUUAAACCAUCCAGUCUGAAGUAAUGUAUUAUGGUGGCCUUAGCAAAGUCUUAUGGGGGCCAUCAGCAUCUGGGAAGGAGAGGGUCUGCAGGGUGCCCUAGGGACAGAGGGAGGAAGUGAUUAUGAUCCAUAAAGUAGUUGGGACCAGAAGGAGGGAUGGGCUUGGAAUUGAUUCCUCCAUCCCCACCUCUCAGUGGAGGUCACAAAGAGAAACUUGCUGCCCAACCUCCCCCUAGGUUCAGCUGCCAGCUGUAUAAAAUGGAGAUCAUGAGCAGACCUGCCUCUGGGGCUAUUUGAGGAUGUAAAGAACUCAUGGCCUAGGAAAAGGGCUCAGAUGGAGAACUUUUUUUUUUUUUUAAUUUUUUUAAAAGAUUUUAUUUAUUUAUUUGAUAGAGACACAGUGAGAGAGGGAACACAAGCAGGGGGAGUGGGAGAGGGAGAAGCAAGCUUUCUGCAGAGCAGGGAGCCCGAUGCGGGGCUCAAUCCCAGGACGCUGGGAUCAUGACCUAAGCUGAAGGCAGACGCUUAAUGACUGAGCCACCCAGGCGCCCCUCAGAUGGAGAAUCUUUUAAGAGUGAUGAUUGUCCUAAGGGGUGGGGAAUAGGGUUAGCAGUGCCUUUGGAGAAGGGGGCAAAAGACCACUGGGGGAAAAUAUUGAGAUAUUUAUACCUGGGGGGCCUUGCAGGGGCUGUGGUUGACAUGAGGGGGUGGGUAAGGUUCCCACCUGGCUCUUCCUGAAGCUCUGAUCCCUACUGGACAGUCCCAAGCCAGUGGGGGACAAAUAGGGACUGUGAGUGGCUUGGACCAUGCACACAUCACCAAGGGGACCUGGAUAAGUGGUGGCCAUACCUCAAGGGCCCCUUGAACACCUUCAAAUGGACUUUAUCCAGCUUCUACCCUCUAUGGGACUUGAAUAUAUUUUAGUGAUUGUAUGUCUAUUUGCAGAGUGAGUUUGCUGAAAAGCUGAUUGAUUUUGUUUCCAGCCCUGGAUCAUCCCAAUGUUUACAUCUACAUCAGGUCAUCAUGUCACACACUUUAUGGGAACCAUUAUAAACACUCUCUUUUACCACUCACAAUCUUCUAGAAAAGUUGAAUGGACCACUGGCAUUGUUAACAUCAGCAAAACUUUCGGAAACCUUUGAGCUCCCUUGGCCAAAGAUAUUCCCUCUCGCCCUUAUGGCCAUGGAGUCCACUCACUCAUUUAUCUCCCUAUGAAUUACAAACUGGAAGACUCAUGCAUGUGUCUAGGGAUUUCACUUCCAGUACUAGUUACUGCUCUGCUACAUGCAGACAUGGCAAAAUAUUGCCAGGGAUUCACAUAAUAUAUCCAGUCCUGUCACCAAUUGACUAAGGCCACUUUCUGAAAACAUGUUUUAAAGAGCGUGUGCAGUGGCCGAGAUGAAGUGCCCGGAGCCUGCCCACUGUUCCGCGUGGUAUGCGGUGGUGCCUCCACGGUUUUUUCCGAGCCCCAAUCUGGAGUUGAGGGCCGACAGAAGACCUGCGAGGGAAGGGGGUGUGGGCACCUGGGCCUUCCUGGCCGGAGGAUCUCCGUGGAAUUUAAGCUCCAGUCGGGAGACACGAGUGGGUGGGCUCUUACCUGCAUGGGCAAGUCGGGCAAG